AUGCGAGCAAGGACUGUUCUUCUGUUCUGCCUUCAAGCAUUUUUGGCAAAGGCCAUUUACAGUCAGUGUAUCGGUAAUGUAUACAACGAAGGACUAGCCUGGAACGGAGCACCAUUAUCUGCUCCUUGGGCAGCACCAAUUGCACCCUGCGGAGCAGAGUUAGGGACAUUUUCUCCCCUCGCCGUAUCUAAUGGAGGAGGCUUCGCAGUCAAAAGUAUAUCCCCAAUUGCCGUUACCGGUAUAAAGAUGACGUCAGAGAACGCUUACGAAGGAAGCCUAGCUGUGACUGGUUCUUUACCAUUCUUAGGAGCUGUGGCGUUAGAAGGCGCUUUACCAACAUUAGGAGCUGGUGACGUCAAAUAUGGUUGUGGUAAUGGCAAUGUUGAGAUUUUGAGUGAGGGUGUCACUGGUUACAAUAAUGGGCCAUAUGGAUUUGGUGCUGCUGGAUUUGGGCCAGCUGAAUUAGGGUAUGGUUUUGGAGCGCCAAUUGCUUAUGAAGCUGGUUUGCGUGGACCAUAUGCCCAUGGUUUCAGAGGGUGUGGACUCGCUUAA